GCAGCCAAGUCUCCCAGCCAAGCCUCUUACUAUCAAUCCCACAUCUCAUCCACCGCGCCUUUCCUUCAUCCACCAUUUCUCGUUACCAUCCCCGCCUUUUCCUCCUGUUUUAAUUAGUGUUUCUGGAAGUAGCCGCGCGCCAAUAUGAAUUCUCUCCGCUUCUCCCUCCUCGCUCUCCUGGCGGCGGCGCUCGUGCUGCACCUGCUCCCCUCGCGCACCGCUGCGUCCGACGUCGCGUCGGCGAUCGAAAACGACGAGUUCAGCUUCGACGACGCCGCUGACGAAGUCGCAGAAUUUCUCGGCGACGACGCCAUUGACGUCGCAGAGCGUCGCAUCCUGGCCAGCAGCAGCGGCGCGGCGACCGGCGCAAAGGGCGGCAAGACCGGCUCGUACAAGCCGAAGCACAAGAAGCGCCGCAACGCUGCCGGCGACGGCACUGGCGUGUGCCCGUAUGCCGGAAAGAAGGGCCCGUCUCCCGCGAGCGAGUACUGCGGCGGCGCGUGCUGCAUCAGCCCCGAGUAUCCGUGCUGCGGCGGCGACAAGUGCUGCAAGAAGGGCGGCUGCUGCCAGAAGAACGGCGAGUUCGUCUGCUGCAAGAGCUACUAACUCCGUGCCGCCUCACCCACUAGGCUCUAGGCUCUCCUAAGGCUGCUGCGAACUGCAGGGCUGCUCUCGAGGCGCCCAGCCUAGGCAGUCCGUGCCGUCAGGCCUACUAACCCGCGGGGAAGAUGAAUCGGCUUUAGCUCUUUUGCUGCGCUGUUACUUUGCUUCUAAGUUUUAGAUUCGACUACGACAUGUCUGUUGCUAGGUGUCUGUAGCUGCUGUGUUGGUGUUCCUUGUUGCUUGUUGGCUCUGCCUCUGCAGUGAGACAUUCUGUUUCAAUUCUGUGCUCCCA